AUGGCCGUCACCUCUGCGAUUUCCGACCUGGUGGACUUUGUCUACCAGUCUAUUGAGUCAUUCUUCAAUGGCAUCUACAACAUUAUACACGGCAUACUCAGCACCAUCACUGGGCUGCUCAGCGGCCUCUUGCACACCGUUGGCAACACAAUCAGUGGCGUGGGAUCCGUGAUUAAUUCCAUCACUGCAUUUGUCGCUGGAAACAUUGUACUUAUUGCUGUCGGCGCAGUGCUGGCAUUUUUGUACUUUCGGUCCACUACAACAGGCCAGCGGACAGUGCAGCAAGCCAAGGCAAAACAGUAA